GUGUCCUGGAGUUGGAGCCCAGACCAGCUGAGAUGCCUUCUCUGGGCUUGGUGAUGGAGAACGGCCAGGCGCUCCCGGCCUUCCUGCUCUGCGGCACACUGCUGGUCAUCAAGAUGUACGCGGUGGGUGUCAUCACAGGCUACACCAGGCUUCGGAAGAAGGCUUUUGCCAACCCGGAAGAUGCCCUAAAACAUGGAGGCCUCCAGUUCUACAGGAGUGAUCCAGAUGUGGAGCGCUGCCUCAGAGCCCACCGCAACGACAUGGAGACUAUCUACCCCUUCCUCUUCCUGGGCUUCGUCUACUCCUUCCUGGGACCAGAACCUUUGAUCGCCUGGAUCCAUUUCCUUGUUGUCCUCACAGGCCGUGUGGUGCACACGGUAGCCUACCUGGGCAAGCUGAACCCACGUGUCCGCUCUGGAGCCUACGUCCUGGCCCAGUUCUCCUGUGUCUCCAUGGCCCUGCAGAUCCUCUGGGAAGUGGCCCAUCACCUGUGACCAGUGGCUGGAACCUCUUCAUUUACCACACUGUGGACAGAAGCCACUGAGGCUGAGCCUGGAGACUUGGUGUCCCUUCUAAAAGAGGGAUGGGCUCAGGUCCCAGGUUCCUGGCCACCUAGGUGUGUUGGAUCCCUGAGCCCAAUGUGUGCGCGUGUGUUUCUUUGCCUCUUGGGGUCUGGAUGCCCAACUAGAACCACUUACAGAUGAACUGUCAAGAUGGACAGAAUGUCCUUGACCCUUAAACAUCCCACCCACACCCCCUCGUGCCUCGUAGUGGUGCACGCCUUCCAUCCCAGCACUGGGGAGGCAGAGGCAGGUGGAGCUCUGUGAGUUCCAGGGCAGCCUGGUCUACAGAGCGAGUUCCAGGACAGUCAGGGCUACACAGAGAAACUCUGUCUCAAAAAACCAACCAAAAAAAACAAAAAAACAAUCGAAAGGACAGAGGAUUCUCUAACAAAGCCAUCAUUCCAUCCAGGGCUAAAAAUGAAGACUUCUCAAACCUACCCACAACUCUGGCCAGCCCAAAGAGAGACACCUGGCUGGUAUGUGUCCUCACAAGAGACCCAGCGGCGGCCAGAUCCCUCUCAGACUGCGCAGCUGGGGUGCUUGCUAUUUUUCAGAGGUGGGCAGGUCUGCACGUCCCUGUUGACACCUCUCUGUUCUUUGUUCUGAGUGCCUUAGUACAGGCUGAGGAAUGGUGAGUGCCAUACAGUAAGCUCUACCUGCCUGCUCAAGGCCUUCGCUCCUCCGAAAGGCAGUCGGUGAUGGGCUUUGGCCGGCCAGCUACGGAAAGUGAACUUUGGGCUUGUUCAGUAUCUAUGAGGUUUGAAGAUACUAGACAUCUACCCCUGUGGAAAACCUCACGUGUGUGUGUGUGUGUGUGGUGUCCCAGAGUCCUCCUGAGACCUGUUCAGGGUUAGUCAUUAAACAGCAAUGUGUGAC